CUCUUCGAGGCAGAGACGUUAUAUAAUCUGCCUUAAAAUAAUGCAUUCUGAAACUGAAAUGUAGGUCAGUGUACGGCAACUCAUCUUUUCUUAAGAUUUUCCCACUAAAUUAUUCCAACCAAGCAACAACUCAAUCAGAGACUUUGUCCAUUUGUAAGCUUUUAAACAAGGGAUCUCCAUGCGGCAUCUCUGUAUAUACCUCUCUGUCUUUUGAAACGUUGGUUACAAUUACAAUAGUUUUGAGCAGAAAAAGAUUUCCUUUUGGUUUCUUCUGCAAUUAGAUCCAAUUUGAGUUGUUCCCAAUUGAGCCAAAAGAAUGUCUAAGAAUGUUGAGCAACACAUUGUCAGCGGUCAGAAGACUCAGAGUGGUUAAAAAUUUCACUCUUGCAUCUCAAGCUUUCUCAUUCCCCAGACCCGCAGAGUUCAGCUUGUUUCAGUCUUGUGGGUUUUAGAGGGGAGUUUUCAAUUACAAGCCACAUAAAAAGUGGUGAGAAUUGGAAUUGAUACUAUGGGGAGGAACACUGGUGAAAUUGUUUCACAUGCAGGCUCUGAGGCCAUGACGAAAGGAGUUGGUCAAUUGAAAAAAUCCCUUUUUGCUUCUAUUUACAAACCACCAAUAGAUGAUGGGAGACCAAGAAGCAUGGUUAUUAAGAAAGCACACAAUAUGAUUCCUCCUCACAUUGUAGCUGAAGCCAUAUCAACACUCCAUGGUGAUGGUGUGGAGCUCAGAUUUUCGGGCCCUAUUACUCCAACAGAAAGGGAAUAUGUUGAGCAGUAUGUGUUGGCAAAGUACCCACAAUAUGCUGCGCUUGUUGAAGGAGAACAGUUUGAUCUCUCUAGUAUUUGCAUCAUUGAAGAAUCUACUGAGACCGUGCCUGAUGAUAAGAGGAAAUCACCAAGGGGUAGUUUGAAGUCACCUAGGGAGUCCGCAACACAAUUUGCCGGGAGCAACCUGCCUGACUUGGACAGGACUCAGUUGGAGCCGUCGAGGUUGCUUGACAUCCUCACCAAGAAAUCCUCCUUCCCCGGAAGCUUCAUCUCGAUCCCUGAGAUACAAGCUCAAAACAAGGUCUUGAAGCACUGUGGAUUGACUGAUGAUGAGUACCUUGUUCUCUUCACCCCAACCUACAGGGAUGCCAUGGUUUUAGUAGCAGAGAGCUACCCUUUCUUCAAGGGAAACUAUUACUUGACCAUUCUUGGGGAACAAGACUGCAUAAAGGAGUUUGCCGGUUACAAGGAAUCCAAAGUGAUUUUGGCACCAGAGACUUGGUUGGAUUUGAGGAUCAAGGGUUCACAAUUAAGCCAGUAUUUCAGAAAGAAGAGUAAGCUCAAGGUCAAAGGGUUGUUCUCUUAUCCAGUUUUUGCAAAUGGGGUUCAUCACUCACUACAUUGGGUUUCCGAAGCUCACCGGAGCUCGUGGCAUGUUCUUCUUGAUGCAACCGAACUGGUUUUUGGGAAGGAUCACUUGAAUCUCAGGCUUCACAGGCCUGAUCUUGUUCUGUGUAGCAUUGACAAUUCUCAUGGCCAGACUUCGAAGAUCACUUGCCUCUUGGUCAGGAAGAAAUCCUUUGACACUUCAAUGCCUUAGCCUCAAGUCAAUGAAUGAGGGCUCUUUGUGUGUUUAUGUACAAUAUGUUAAACGGUUCUAAGAAACACCAGUAAGCAGUAACAUUUUUUUAA